AUGAUACUAGCCAAUAUUUGUUUAACCAUCUAUUUCAUCGUUUCUAAUGCACAACAUUAUGAGAAAUAUAAAGAACGUGAUUCGUACGUAGUAUAUCACGUUGCAAAUACAAGCUCGGACUACUAUAUUAUCCGAGCAAACAUGAAUGAUACUGUAAAUUGUUCAUCGAAUGCUCUGUUUACUUUUGAUGUUUCAACUGUAUACAAAAAUAUUAUUAGCAAGGAAGGACGACAAAACCUUCUGUUUAUUACUGUCUACUGGCUAAGUACAAUUGUUGCUGUACUUAUUAGUAUAUUCGAUAUCAUUUUGGCAUUGAUAGAUCAAUGCAUGCAGCAUCAUAUAGAUUAUGAAAAUGUCGAAGAGAAUGAAUUGUUUGCUAAGACAUUGCUCACUUCAAUUGGCUCUCAAUUUCUUCAAAAAGGAUCAUUCAUUUUCCCUACCUAUUUUAUCAAUAUUUUUGACUAUACAAAAUUGUGUCUACCACAUCAUACCAAAGCAUCAUUAUUUAUCCUUCAUCAUACUUAUAUCGGUAUUGUUAUAUCAUUAUGCGGUAUGGGCUAUUUAAUACUGUGGACAUUCGCUUGCUGGGAUUCAAGCCGCCACAAAUAUUUCAAUGACAUUAUAUGGGUGAAGUGUAUUGAAAUUCUAACUUGUCGUCAUGAACGAGCAGCGGUAAUAUUUUUUAUUAUUUUGUGUUUGGCUGUUCUUCCAAUAGGUUCAUACGGUAUGUUUGUAUGGGUAACAUCUUUGAUGGAAUUCGCUGUGAUGACAAAAGCAGUGUUGAUAGGCUUUAAUUUCAUUCUAGGAGUCCUUCAUGACAUAAUAAAACUUUGUAAACAUUAUUGA